CCAACUACAUCUGUGAACAUCUGGAGAAGCUUGAGCUGUCACAAAAAAUAUCAACGAAGACAUCAUGAAAAUGUUGGCACUAACUCUCCACCUCUACCGAUGUGUCAGCCUCAGGUCAUGUUAUCUCACCUCCAGAUGUUGCUCAGCUCUCUGCUCAGUUCUUUCUUCUUCACACUCCCGACUGACUGAACUGGACCUGAGCGGAAACAACAACAUGGAGGAUUCAGGAGUGGAUCAGCUGUGUGAGGGGCUGAGGAGUGAAAACUGCAAAUUAGAGAAACUAAUCCUGUCAGAUUGUUGUCUCAGCUCCAGAUGUUGCUCUGCUCUCUCCUUAGUCCUUUUAUCUCCAAACUCACGACUGACUGAACUGAAUAUGGGUGACAAGAACAACAAUAACAACAUUGGAGAUUCAGGUGUGGCUCAGCUGUAUGAGAUCUCGACAGACGUCACCACACGUUGGGCUUGA